UACAUUAGAAUACAAGAGAGAGAAGUGUAAUAAGAAAAUGGCUAUGUUCUUACCAGCCACCUUCAUUUUCUGUCUCUUGAUUCCAUUCACAGUUUCACAAGACAUAUCGGCAAUUUUCGCAUUUGGCGACUCGACCAUCGAUGCCGGCAACAACGACUACAUAACCACAUGGCUACGUAGCAACCAUGUACCAUAUGGGCGCGACUUAACGGAGGUCCCGGUCCCAACAGGAAGGUUCUCCAAUGGGAAGCUCAUAACUGAUUUCUUGGUGUCGGCAUUAGGGCUCAAGAGUCUUCUACCGGCCUACUUGGACCCCAUGAUCACUGACCUUGAUCUACUGACUGGUGUUAGCUUUGCGUCGGCGGGGUCUGGCUUCGAUGAUAGGACGACGACGACCGAUAAUGUCAUUAAAAUGUCGAAACAGAUACAAUAUUUUGAGGAAUGUGUCGAAAGGAUUCGGAGGGUGCGAGGAGCGGUGGAGGCGAUUCGGGUGGUGAACGAUGCGGUGUUCGUGAUCAGCGCUGGGACCAAUGACAUGCUGUGGAACUUCUAUGAUCUUCCAACAAGGGAAGUUGAAUUUACAGUAUCUGGGUACCAUGAUUUCCUGCUCAACAAUCUCAUUGAUCUUGUCCAGAAAAUUUAUAAAAUGGGUGGCCGAAAGAUCACAAUAGCCGGUCUCCCGCCGGUCGGCUGCCUACCAUUGCAGAUGUUUGCCGGUGACAUCGUAUCGAACACCUCCAAACUACGACGACCCAUUUGCAUCAAUGGACAGAACGAAGACGCCAAGGCCUACAAUAUCAAGCUCCAAGGCCUCAUCACUAGCAUGCAAGCUUCACAUUCAGACAGCAAAAUUCUGUAUGUGGAUAUAUUCAAUCCAUUGAUGGACAUGAUCCAGAACCCUAAGAAAUAUGGUUUUGAAGAUACAACUCGUGGGUGUUGUGGCACUGGUUUGGUGGAGAUGGCUGCUAUGUGCAAUUCUCUUUCUGUGACAUGCCGUAAUGCUUCUAACUUCUUAUUUUGGGAUGCUAUUCAUCCUACUCAGUCAGCAUACCAAGCUCUUGCCUUCCACGCUUUGGAGACUGUCUUCCCCUUAUUAGAGUGAAUGUUUUGAUACAAUGUUGGGCCCCUAUCAUAAGUCCCUUGUGGGGCCCAGUUCCCGUGUCUGAUGGAACAUGUAUCAGAUAUCCCGGCCGUUCAUUAGGUAGUGCGCGCUAUGGGUCACACGUACUUUUGAAUUUAGACUUGCAUAAUUUUUCUAACUGCCUAAUUUUCUUAUACAAGUUUGACCUGCCUGAUUGAACAUGUUCAUAGUGCACACUACUUGAUGAAUGGCCUAGAUCUUUUACACAUGUGCCACCCGAACAGCGGGAAUCCUGUACCCACAUGGGAGCCUGCAGGGCCGGCAUUCUAUCAAAACCGGUUAGAGUAAUUGUAUGGUUGUUUUUAUAUUAAGUCGAUAUGUUUCAUGGGGCAUUGAGAACGAUGUGUAUCAGGCAAUGAGUUAAUUAGGUUUUGGAUGUUACUUUAAGCCUUGAAAAUUUAUUUUUUAAGGCA